AUGGCCAUUGAUAUUCCCCACAAAAAGACACCCCAUCCCAAUCCGCUCAAGAACCAGAAAAUCUCUAUUAAAUACACGCCAAACCAGUCAGUUUGCAUGCAAGAAAACAAAUCAAUCAUUGCGAUCCUAGGAAACAUUAACUCUACCAAUUUGAUUGUUCCUCUAUCCCCAUUAAAUUGUCCAAAUUCUAUCAAAAAUGCCCAGAAUCCCAAUCUUAGUAAGAAGACACCAUCGCCUCAUCCAACUCCAAAGAAUAACACUCAACUCAAACAUGGAACCCAAUCCUCCUCAAAACCGCCAGAAUCAGAACCAAAACAAUCAGCCAAGGAGGAUAUUGAUCCAACGUCCUCUUCCUCAGAACCAUCAACCAUUAUCCUGGCUGAAAAUGGGGCUUCUAGGCCAUGCACUCUCCUUCAACAUCACACUAGAAGGGAGGGAAACAGUGAUAGUGAUCCAAAAUUCUCACUUCAUUGCUCAACUGAUAUCCAAAGGAGUUCGCAUGGCGAUGAACAAUUACAUCAACUAAAUAUGGUUGAACAACAUCCUAAACCCCAUAGCCCCAUCUCUCACCACCAACCAAAUUCAAGCAAUGAGGGGGGACUGGAAUAUGCCUCCAAACUUUGUCAAAAUUUAGAACCCAAUUCCGGUUGCGGAUCUACCCUUCUUCACCCUGAAAUUCCUAACCACCAUGAAUCCAGUGUUCACACCUUGGAUUGCACAUGCAAACCCUCCACCACCUCCAGAUGUACCAGUUGUCCAAGCCAUGCAAACCCCUCACCCUCAUCAAAAUCAAAACCAAAUGGAGCAGGCAAUGGAGGAAGAAAUCGAUCCAGUAAACUUGAUCCCUCAAAACGUGGUCGAGGAUUCAAACCUAGACGAUCUAAAAAUCUUUCUAUUUAUGGAGAGGCAAGAGCAGAAGAAAAUUAUAUACUGUCCAUUGGCAAUGUACAAGUGCACAAUGGACAUAAGACCACCAGCAGACCCUACCGUAGGAAAACACACAAUGAUUCUCGUUCCUUUUCAGAGGAGGAAUCCCAUAUUCCCAAAGAGAAUGAGGGAAAAUGGAGACUUGAACAACCCGCUCUUAAACAUGAAUAG